CAGGCAUGUAAACUUGCCUAAUCUCGCAUUCUUACGCCUUGAUAUAAAAUGUCUCCUCCUAGAUGACAUGGGCAUCAACAUAUUCCAGAAAUGGUGAAUCAAGCUCUCAGAAUCGACACUAGCAAUGAGUCUCCUCCACCGCGGAUUGCGGCAGCUUUCCUGGUCAACUUCGACCACCGCAAGGGGUACACCCUGACCUGGCACAGAUCGAUCGAUGGCGGUCAGUCAACAACCUGACGCACGCUUACCCUCCUUACUCACGCUUCCGGCGCAGUUCAAGUCGAAGGGGUGGUGGAGUUCAAGUCUCUCCCCUCGGGCCUCCACAAUGUCAAAGAAGACUUAGUAUACUUUGUCCAUCAAGGCUAUGUCGGUCUGAGUGCUUUCCUCAACCAACCUGAUAAACAAUCUGAACGCAAAGCACGCAUGCUAGCCGUUGGCGUGUUGGUACCUCUCGACCACGGACGGAUAGGACGAAUAUGGCUCCAUGGUCAAGGUCUGAAGGAUAUUGCAAGGUCGCAGAUCCAGGACGUUCAGAAUACAUCCAAGCUGGAAGAUUUCUGGAACCAGAACAAACUUGAGCCAGGCCAGGAUACUGCCAACACACCUGCCGAAUCGUCGGACCAACUCUCAAAGUCCAGAGGCUAUCAAAAAUCGCAGUCAAUGAGCUCGGGGACACAUUUCAUCUCUUCCCAUCAUACUCUCACUCCCUAUCAUCCUGCAACGACCCUUUUAGAGUCACUGAAACUCUUUGGGCCGCUUAUCUUCCCUGUCUUUAGAGCUUCACUGCUUCGCCAAAAGAUCUUGAUCGUGACUGACGCCCCGGUCGAGUUUACUUGUAACCUAGUGUACAACCUCUCCAUCUUAUCAUCCAUCUCGCCACAGACGUCAUCGGCAAGUGGGAUUCCCGACGCUUUUCACUCGAAACUUCGGCCUCUGUAUACCAUUGGUGUUUCCGACAUCACGAGUCUGCAGGAGGACGCUAGAGACCGGAAUGAUGCCGCGACUACGGAGCAAGGUUGGGUUGCAUGUACCACUGACGAUGUCUUGAGCACCAAGCCAGAGCUCUACGACUUACUCGUCUUGAUGCCGCCAUCCCAAUCACAACAAAGCCAUGCAAGAGCGUUCCCCAAGAUUGUCAGAUCAUCACCCUCACUCGACAAGAACUUCCCUCGGAAUGGGCUCAAAGCUACACAGCGAGAUCUCCACCGCUAUCUUCACCUACAACAAGGUUUGGGUCAGUUUGAACCCAGCCACGUGACAAAUCUGAGCAAACCGUCAUCUGACGACGACAAUACAUCUAUCUUGUCGGUCUCAUCGACCUACUCGACCCAUCGAACAGUAGUAGAAUCUACGUCAUGGUCACGAGUGGCAUACACUUCGCUCGUAUGGUGGGCCUCGGCUGGAGAUCGACGAAGUGGAUUGGCCGAAUUGGAAGAGAUGGAAGCUGAGCAUGACCUCUCCCUCCUGCAAGACGAGGGGGGAAAUGAGGAUGAAACCAGAGAAGUUGCUUUGGUGGCCUACUUCCAUCGGAUGACGAGACUAAUAUUCCAGACCAUAGCCGAAGCCAUCGCCCGUGCAGAUGGGCUCGACGGAAAUGAGGAUAGUUAUCAUGACGAGGACGAUCCCAGCGAGGAUGGAAGCGUCGGGGAUGAUACCACCUCCACCGAUCAAGAGUUCAGCGGUGAGCAAGAUGAGACUCAAGCUCUCCUACAGAAGGAAGAGGAACAACCGGUGGUAGAAAUUUCUCAAGAAGACAUGGUGAUGAUGGGUCUUGAUACUUGGAGCGCCUCAGACAAACAGUUUAUCGAGGAGUUAACAAUGCUUUGGUGGGGUCGUCAAGCGCAUGUUCGAGCUGCGACUGUUGAGUGCUGUGGGUUGAGAAUCCUGUAGAUUACCUGUCAUAUGGGCUGCCUGUUCGUCGGCCUGUGUCGAUACAAGGAAGAAAUGAAACCACGAUUG